AUGAGCAACGUCAUUAAGAAGGUUUUCAACACGGAAAAGCCGGAGGCUGAAGCCAACAAGGCCCAGGACGCUGUCAACGGUGCCGAGAACAACGUCCACCGUGGCGAGGGUUUCCUCGGUGACGCCAAGGAAAAGCUCUCGAACCUUGUGCCCCACCACCACCAGAAUGCCCAGAGUGCCGCUGCGCAAGCUCCCCAGAGCGCCACGGCCUCGCAGGUGCCUGCUUCGGCUUCGGUUUCGCAGGGUGUGCCUGCUGAGUCGGAGGCGAUCCGUACGCAGGCUCAGGGUGUGCCCGCUUCGGAGUCCGACGCCUUCGGUCGCUCGGGUAUGACGCAGACGACGAGCGUCAACUCGGGUGUGAAUGUGGCUGCUGGCAACGUGGACCAGGACGUGCAGCACCUCGCCCCUGUCACGCGCCACAUCCACCACCGUCACGAGAUUGAGGAAUUGCUUCGCGAGCGUGAGCACCACAUUCACCAGCACCACAUUCAGCACCAUGUGCAGCCUGUGCUUGAGUCGGAGCACCUUGCCGAGCAGAUCCACAGCCGUGUGGUUCCCACGACUACCAUUCGUGAAGUGCACGCCAACACUGACAAGGAUGCUGCUCUCAUGCGCGCUGUCGCUGGUAACCCUAAGGACACUUUCACGCAGGCCGCUACCGACCGUAGCGUGAUUGACAAGGGUGAGACGGUCCGUGAGAUUGUGCACCACCACAUUCACAACAUUGUGCAGCCCAUCAUUGAGAGGGAGACGCACGAGUACCACCGCAUCCGCACGACCAUUCCAACCACUCACAUCACGCACGAGGCUCCUAUUGUGCACGAGUCGACUGCCCACCAGCCCAUUCGCAAGGACGACUUUGUCAAGGGCGGUGGUGUGCUCACGAGCACGACGCGCUCUAUUGAGGAUGCUGGUUUGCUUAACCUCGGAAGCCACCAGCGCACGGUGGAGGGCGAGCCCUACAACGGCGGUGCUCCUUUCGCCCAGUAA